GGAGCUGCCAGCCGCGGGGCCGGAGCAGCGCCGGGACCUUCCUGUCCAGCCCCCCCGGAGCCCGGCUCCUGGCCCCGCCGGGUGUGCGCAGGGCUGCGUGCCCGGCUCGGGGGGCAGAUUUCACCGAGCAGCGCUCCCCGGCCCGGGCGCGAUCCCCCGCAUGGAGCCAGGGGAAGAGCCCAGGGUCCCGGAUCUCCCGGGCGCCCAGGAACGGGAGACCCCCAGAGGCGCCCCCCCAGCAGGUGUCAGGAAGGAGGAGGAGAAUCCCCAGCGGGAGCCACACAGGCCUUCGCAGAGCCCUGAGCAGGGAGAGGCCAACAGGGUGGGAUGGCAGGGGGAAGAACUCCAAGGGGUGGAAAAUGGAUUUGGGCUUCUCAGUAGCAUGUCUGUACCCCAGAGAUUGACCAUCUGUGGGCAAUGUGGGAAGAGCUUUAGCCAGUAUUCAGACCUUAUUAAGCACCAGCGGAUCCACACGGGGGAGAGACCUUACAGCUGCUCCCAGUGCGGGAAGAGCUUCAGCCAGAGCUCCCACCUCACCAAGCAUCAGCGGAUCCACACGGGUGAGAGGCCCUACAAAUGCCCUGACUGCGGGAAGGGCUUCAACGACAGCUCCUACCUCCUGCAGCACCGCCGCACCCACACGGGCGAGCGGCCUUAUGAAUGCCCGGACUGCGGGAAAAGCUUCGGAGACAAGUCAGGCCUUACCCGGCACCAGAAGGUGCAUCACGGCGAGAGACCCUACAAAUGCCCUGACUGCGGGAAGAGCUUCAGCGACAGCUCCUACCUCAUCCAGCACCAGCGCAUCCACACGGGCGAGCGGCCCUACAAAUGCACCGAGUGCGGGAAGAGCUUCAGCCGGAACUCGCACCUGGUCCAGCACCAGCGGGUCCACACAGGGGAACGCCCCUACAAAUGCGCUGAUUGCGGGAUGAGCUUCAGCCACAGCUCCACCCUGAUCGGGCACCAGAGGACCCACCGUGGCGAUAAGCCCUACAAAUGCCCCCAGUGCAGGAAGAGCUUCCGGCACAAGUCAACCCUGGUGAAGCACCAGCGGACCCACACCGGGGAGCGGCCCUACAGCUGCCCCAAGUGUGGGAAGAGCUUCAGCUGGGGCUCGGCUUUCAUCAAACACCAGCGCACACACACCGGGGAGCGGCCCUACCAAUGCACCCAGUGUGGGAAGGGCUUUGGGGACAGCUCAGCCCUGAUCCAGCACCAGCGCACCCACACCGGGAAGCUCAGAAGCUGGCUUGGGCUCCCAGUUAUCACGAUUUGCCGCUCUGAUCCUGACGUAAACCCCAGCAGAACGCUGUCUCGUCUUGCUCAGUAUCAUCUUCAUGGUUCUCUAAAGCUUUUUAUUAUUUUUGUUCCUCUCCUCUGGACAUUCCAGUUUGUCCACAUCUUUCUUAAAGCUCGGUGCCCAGAAUUGGGCACACUUCUCCAGCUGAGGCCUGGGUUGAGUGCCGUUGGACCAGCCCCUGAGAAAUGAUCACAGAAGGGAUGCCUUACCCAUUGCUCCCACUCAACUCUCAUUUCCGACUGCCACCGAACCCUCCUGGCUUCAACCUUCAUGAACCCAACGUUCCAUCUGCCACAACUGCCAUGGAACCUUCAUGAACCCAAUGUUCCAUCUGCUACAACUUCCAUGGAACCUUCAUGAAUCCAAUGUUCCAUCCACCAUAAUUGCCAUGGAACCUUCAUAAAGCCAAUGUUCUGUCCACCUCAACCACCAUGGAGCCUUUAUAAACCUAAUGUUCCAUCUGCCUCAGCUUCCAUAGAACCCUCCUGGGCUCAACAAUUCAUCUGCCAUGGAACUUUCUGGGCACCCCUAUAUUCAUCAACAACCUUUUCCCAUCUCGUGACCUACAUCCUCAUUGCAGGGGCAGAGUCUGUAUUGGCCCCGUGUACGUCAUCUUGCAAAGAAACAGCCAAGCCCUCACCUGUGUGUCUAAUGCAGAUGGCAGCAACCUCAAGCUGGUCACCUGCUGGCCCUAUGGGAUUCCCCCACCAAUACUCCACCAACUGAUGCAUUUUCCCCUGGGAGAGUUUAGAAUCCAUCACCCCCUAUCUGCCUCCAGAAGUCUAUAAGUUCUUUAGAGCGGGGACUGUCUUUUUGUUCUGUGUUUGUACAGCACCUGGUGUAGUGAGGUCCUGCCUCUUAACUGAGGCUCCGAGGCUCUGCUGUAAUACACCUAACAAAUAAUUCAAAGGGGUUUGGUCCAUGACUGGAUAACUAUCUAUCCAACUACUCCAGUCCUUCUUGCUUCUGAGAGCUUUUUUCCUAAUGCCUGGGAAGAUAAACCCACCGAUGCCCCCCAACACACCCUGGGCUCUGAGCUGUUCCCAUGUGAGCUCCAAUUUAUAGUACAAACUUCCUUUCCACUGAAUGCAUCUGAUGAAGUGAGCUGUAGACUAACACGGCUGCUACUCUGAAACCUUUUGUAACACUUGCUCAACAUGGGUCUACAGCUGCCCAAGGGUGGCCUAUUGUCCUGCAUCCCAGAGAGCCGCCCCACACAGGGAAGGGCUUGACACUUGCUGAAGGACCAUCCAGGACACAGCAAUCUGCAGCUACCAACUCUGAAUGUCUGUUAACUACUGGCCCUAUGGAGCAUGGGGGCACAAGUAAUCCAGAUGUGCAGGGGAAGGAGAGGGCAAGAGGGACCCUCACCAGCCUGAAACACGGACAAACUCCCAGCUGGGGCCAGCUCAGAGCAGGGGACUGGGAGUGCUUUGUGCUUGUUUUCAAAGCUCUGUAACUCUCAAGGGCUUUAAUAGUAAAGUCACUGGCGUUAGGAAAC